GAGCGUGCGGAGGCCCUGACGGCGCCCUCGGAGGGCUGUGCGGCCAGCCCAGAGCUGUGAAGUGAGCGCGCCCCGCGCCCUGCGCCCGCAGCCCCGGAGCUCCCGCAGCCUCUGAGCCCCCGCUCCGCACCCAUCAUGCCCGAGCAGCUCAGCGUCGCGGAGUUCCUGGCCGUCACAGUGGAGGACCUCAAUUCCCCGGCUGGGGCCGCAGCCUUCGCGGCCAAGAUGCCCCGGUGCCGGGGGGCGGCACUGGUGCGGGAGGAGAUGCUGGAGGGAGACCAGGCCAUCCUGCAGAGAAUAAAGAAGGCUGUGCGAGCCAUCCACAGCUCUGGCCUUGGCCAUGUGGAGAACGAGGAGCAUUACCGAGAGGCCGUGGAAUCCUUAGGCAACAGCCACCUGUCCCAAAACAGUCACGAGUUGUCCACCGGCUUCCUGAACUUGGCCGUGUUCACCCGCGAGGUGGCCGCACUCUUCAAGAACCUGGUUCAGAACCUGAACAACAUUGUCUCUUUCCCGCUGGACAGUCUGUUGAAGGGGCAGCUAAGGGAUGGGCGACAGGAUUCCAAAAAACAUCUGGAGAAGGCGUGGAAGGACUAUGAAGCCAAAAUCUCACCUGGAACCACCUCCCUCUCCAUCUGGGCUCCUGAUCCCUCCUGCCUCCGGCCGUCACAUGCUCUGGUCCUCCUACCCAGCCCUAGAUACCUCCAAAGCAACUUCUCAGACUUCAGAUCCCAGCUCAAACAUCAAUUCCUGGGCAGCCGGAAAAGGACCAGGCUGGAGAAGGAGAGGGACCGGGCCCGAGUGGCAGGGGGAAGCCACGGGGAGGUGGCCCAGGACACACAGAGGGAGCGGCGCAUCUUCCAGCUGCACAUGUGCGAGUAUCUGCUGAAAGCCGGGGAGAGCCAGAUGAAGCAAGGCCCCGACUUCCUGCAGAGCCUCAUCAAGUUCUUCCAUGCCCAGCACAACUUUUUCCAAGAUGGCUGGAAGGCUGCUCAGAGCCUGUCCCCGUUCAUCGAGAAGCUGGCAGCCUCGGUACAUGCACUGCGCCAAGCCCAGGAGGAGGAGCUGCAGAAGCUGACCCAGCUCCGGGACUCCCUCCGAGGGACGCUGCAGCUUGAGAACAGAGAGGAGAACAUGAGCCGGAAGAACUCAGGAGGUGGCUACAGCAUCCACCAGCACCAAGGCAACAAGCAAUUUGGGACGGAGAAGGUGGGCUUUCUAUACAAGAAAAGUGAUGGAAUUCGAAGAGUCUGGCAGAAAAGGAAGUGUGGAGUCAAGUAUGGCUGCCUGACCAUCUCACACAGCAUGAUAAACCGGCCCCCAGUGAAGCUGACCCUGCUGACGUGCCAAGUGAGGCCAAACCCCGAGGAGAAAAAGUGCUUUGACCUGGUGACUCACAACAGGACGUACCACUUCCAGGCGGAGGACGAACAUGAGUGUGAGGCGUGGGUGUCAGUGCUGCAGAACAGCAAGGACGAAGCUUUGAGCAGUGCCUUCCAGGGGGAGCCCAGUGGCAUCCCGGGGCCCUGGGGGGCCGCCGGGCUGGACGGGGAGCUCCAGGACCUCACCAAGCUCCUCAUCGCCGAGGUGAAGAGCGGGCCCGGCAACGGCCAGUGCUGCGACUGCGGGGCUGCAGACCCCACGUGGCUCAGCACCAACCUGGGCGUGCUCACCUGCAUCCAGUGUUCGGGGGUCCACCGCGAGCUGGGCGUGCGCUUCUCGCGCAUCCAGUCCCUCACCUUGGACCUGCUGUGCCCCUCGGAGUUGUUGCUGGCCUUGAACAUCGGGAACACGCGCUUCAACGAAGUCAUGGAGGCCCAGCUGCCCUCACAUGGCGGCCCUAAACCCUCAGCUGACAGCGACAUGAGUGCCCGCAGGGACUAUAUCGUGGCCAAGUAUGUGGAACACAGGUUUGCCCGGCGGUCCACACCCGAGCCUCAGAGGCUCUGGAUGGCCAUUUGCAACCAGGACCUCCUGUCUGUGCUGGAGGCCUUCGCUAAUGGGCAGGACUUCGGGCAGCUGCUGCCAGGGCCUGAGGGGCAGGCACCUGGAGAGCUCGCCCUGCACUUGGCUGUCAGAGUCGCCAACCAGGCCUCCCUGCCCCUGGUGGAUUUCAUCAUUCAGAAUGGCGGUCACCUGGAUGCCAAGGCUGCUGAUGGGAACAGUGCCCUGCACUACGCUGCUCUCUACAACCAACCUGACUGCCUCAAGCUGCUGCUGAAAGGGAGAGCUUCGGUUGGCCCAGUGAAUGAGGAAGGAGAAACAGCUCUGGACAUAGCCAGGAAGAAGCAACACAAGGAGUGUGAGGAGCUGCUGGAACAGGCCAAGGCUGGGACCCUGGCCUUCCCUCUGCACGUGCACUACUCCUGGGGCGUCUCCACAGAGCCCGGCUCUGACAGUGAGGAGGAUGAGGAAGAGAAGCACUGUCCUCUGAAGCCCCCGGCCCAGGUCCACUGGGCCAGUGGGAGGAUGGACAUCAGCAACAAGACCUAUGAGACCAUCACCAACCUGGGAUCAGCUGCCCCUCAGAGCCAGAGUGAGGAUUGCCCCCCACCCUUACCGGUCAAAAACCCUUCUCGGACCAUGGUCCAAGGCCGUGCAGGACAUACCAGUGGAGAUCAUCCCGAAGUCCCCAGCCUGAGCUCAGAGCCUCCUGGGGCCCCCGAGAGCCAGAACAGUCCAACGUCCUCCUCCUCUAGCCUUACAAGUCCCGUGGAACUUGGGGGUACCAACCAAACCCCACCCAGCUCUGAAGAGGGUCUCUGUGAGCCCCCAGGCACCUCCCGACCCAGCCUGACAUCUGGAACCACAGCCCCCGUCAGAUUCAGCUCCGAGAGCACUCGUUCCUACCGGCGGGGGGCGCCAGAACCUGAAGACUGUCCCUCAGCCAGGCAGCCUCCACCCAGAAGGAACAUGCUGGUUGGCUUCACUGAAGGAGAAGGCUCAAGAACUGGGGUUCUCCCAGCAAGUUCUGUGCUGCUUUUGCAAGACUAGCUCCUUGCUGGCCCUUGCAUGCCUGAACCACCCUCAUGCUGGACCCCAACGUUCAGAGCUAGGACUUGAGGCCACAAGACUAAGGAGCUGAGGUGUUCACGUCCUUGGGUCGUGCUGCCUCUGUCCCUGUGACCCCGUGGCUGGCCUUCACCCCUCCAUGGGCCCAUGCCCCUGCCAAGGAUGCUGGCCCUUCCAUGUUAGGGCUGGUGGUGGUUCUUUCCCCUCUAUCUCAUUGCUCCCCAGGUUGAGGGAGCCCUGUGGCUAGGUCUGAGUGCUCCCAGCUGCUUCAGCUGCAGAACCCUCACUCCCUCAUCAUACCAGGACUGUUUCUUCCGCCAGCCUGAGGCUCCACAAGAGUAGGACCAGACUGCCUUCAUGAUUCUCCAGACCAGGGAUUCUGCCAGACUAGGGACCAUCUCCUCAUCCAUUCAUUCGUGUUUCUUCACUGAGUUCUGGCUCUAUGUCCAGACCUGUACUAGGUACUGCAGAUGCCACGUGACUAAGACAAGGGUCCUGCAGAUGUGGUCCUUGCUGGGAAGCUGGUCCCAAGGGUUGAGCUUGGGAAUGGGCCAGGGCAGAUGUUCUGGCUCGAGGGGCAGACUGACCACUGACCAUGUGUGACUUGGCAGUUGCCUACAGCCCAUCCAUUCUGGUUGGUCAAUGUCCAUGCUGUACUUUCAGUUAAGUAGCCUGAUUAUCACUCCCUUCGAGGGAUAGCACAGCCUUCUGGGGGACCUCUACUACAUCCCCAGUCAAGAAGCAGACUGCCCCCUCUCCUUGACUUAGCAGGGAAGGAAGGGAUGGCCCCAGAUGGUGAGUCCUCACUUCUCUCCUCUUUCUCUUGGUCAACUCAGGAGCCUUCCCGUCUCAGGGAAGGAAAGGGUCACAAAAGGAGAAAGGAGAGAGAGAGAAAUGAAACGGGAGGGCAGAGACUUGGCAGUUCUGCUCCCCAGUGCCAGAAAUUCCAUCCUGACUUUCAGCCCCAUGUGAGCAAACACCGAAGCCAUCACCAGUCUCUAACACCUCAGCUUUAGAGUCGCUGAUGAGCCAGGCCAAACGGGAGGCCAGAGGGUGCCAGUGGCCAACACAGCAGCCUGGCCUGGAGGCUGGGCUGUGUGCCCUGGGGACCUGGCUGCUCUGUGACCCACAGGAACAAAGCCAUCUGCCGAGCCCCCGUGUCUGGUUUUGUUCAUCUCUGACUUCAUCUCUGAGUUGUUCUUUCACUUAUCUGUAAUAAAAAAAAAAUUUUUUUUUAGUAAA